AUGGAACAUCGCCGCAGAAGUAAGCCAACCGCGUCCUCCUUGAGGGACAUGGACGUGGAACACAGCGCAAGCCAAGCAGUUGUGGACUCGAAGUUCCACGCGGUGCUCAAUAGUAAGAAAGAAAGAAAAAGAAAGCGUUCACCUGUGGCACCCUUCAGAUGCCUAGCUGCCAUGCCACCCGAAGGAAGCAAGAGGGCUGUAAUACUGCCAAGUCGCCCGAGCCUAGACACGGAAAGUCGAGUGGCGGAGGUCGGAUUCGAACCACGGACCUCCCGGUCAGAAAAUAGCACUCCAACCACUUGGGCCAUCUCCCACAUACCGCCAUCUCUGCUCAAUAUCUGUUCUCAUAUAUCCUCCCGUCCUGUUCAUAAGACAACUUUUAUAACACCCGGACAACUUGAAAUCCUGAAGUUCAACAUCAGUGCUCCAGAUGAAUGUGAACGCCGCGUGGCUGUGGUCGUUGGACUGCUAGCCUUCUCUAAAUGGCGAAAAGCGCAUCCAUAUGUCAUUCGGAGGGGACUCAGCAUACACCUUCGUCGUGCGUGUUGA